AUGGGAUUUGGGCAGUUUGUGUUUGGUGGUGAUAGCGUGGGGGCGUGGCGAUAUAAGGCACUCGUGUGGUAUUCAUUGUGUUUUUUGUCCCAGUCUCCGGUGGAAAAGGUGCACUUUUUCAUUCACCUUUUCAUAUGUUUGUGCUUAUAUUGUGGGAUGGAACAACGUGUUGCCUUUUCUUUCUUUAUAUAUAUAUAUAUGAAAAAUAAACCUUUUCCUCUCACUGGGAAGGUGACCCUCUUUGCUCAUUUGUUUUACUUCCUUUCCCAUGUACUGCUUAUGCCGUAUGCCUGGCGAAAAGUGUCGGACAGGCUGACUGGACGGUCCAACAAUUUUACCCCCCCCCCUUCUUUUAAAAAAAAAAUUACUCCCUUCUCCUACGCCAAAAAAAAAAUAUAG